CCAGAAAAUAAAACAAAAAAAUAAAAUGAAUGAGAAUAAUAACAACAAAAAUAGUGCAAGUAGUAGUGGGAGUGAAAUAAAUAUAAUACAAAAUAAUUUGCCAACAAAUAUUCAACAUUCUUUAAGUGGAAGUGCUUUAGAAUUUAAUAAAAAUAAUUUAUUUGGAGAGGGAUUACAAUUUGUUAAAAUUACAGAAAGAAUUUUUGGUUUCUUAAAAUUAUUUUUGGCACUAUUGUAGACUGAGGCUCUUUCGUGGGCUUUCUUCUUAAAGAAAAAGAAUAUUCGCAAAAAAUCCAAAGUCCCAAAAAAUCCACAAAAAAGUCCGCAAGAUCUGUCCGCAAAAAAUGUCCGCAAAAGAGAGUCGCAAAAUUAUCCUCAAAAAGAAAGUCCGCAAGAAUUCCCCCAAAAAAUUGUCCUCAAAAUUGUCCGAAAAUAAAUGUCCGCAACAAAGUCCGCAAGAGAGUCCGCAAGAGUUUUUC